CAAGUCACGCGAUAGCUCCAAACAGUCCCCAAAGUUCUGACUACACCAGCUUAGCCGCAUCAUAAACAGCAGCAAUGGCCGCCUACCGCAGAGUGGCUUUGUUGGCCGCUAAGCUUAGCCUGCGCUCGGUAUCGAGAAGCGAGCUGACCGGGCGUCAGACUGCCUCAGGCGCGCGGAAGUGCCUCACUUUCGGGCUUUGUCUUGCGACGGGAGGCGCCGUGGCACUUUACUUCUACGAGGACAUGAUUAACCGCCGAGGCUGGAGGAGGAAGAUGGGGACUCGCAGCAUCCACGGUUUGCUGCAAUCCAUCCCAGCCGUUGAAGCCAAAGAGAAGGCACAUCCGAUGGACUUUGAGGAGGGAGAUGUGCGCAUGUCGAGCCACGAGCAUCGUUUCCGUAUGUUUAGCUCUGUGGAGUAUGACGGGCAGCUCUACAUGACUCCUCAGAACUUUAUUGAGUCAGUCACUAUGAGUGAACCAAGGAACAAGAGGCCCUGGAGGUCCCUGACCAAACAGGAGCUCGAGAAAAUCCUCUCAGAUACUCCCCCGGUAUGGAGAGGAUCAUCCAAGCUAUUCCGUAACCUGAGAGAACGAGGCAUAAUCUCAUACACAGAGUACCUGUUCCUGCUCUGUAUCCUGACAAAGCCCCAUGCUGGUUUUAAGAUUGCUUUCAAUAUGUUUGAUGCAGACGGCAACCAGAUGGUGGACAAGAGGGAGUUCUUGGUGCUUCAGGAGAUCUUCCGGAAGAAAAAUGAGAAGAAGGGGAGGAAAGGGAAUGCUGAGAAGUCCGCACAGUUGAGUAUGCAGCUGUAUGGAUAUCAGGUUGCCCCCAUGAGCAGCGUGCUAAAAAAAGACAGUCAGGAGUUUGUGGCGCGGAGUUACUGGGACGUUCUAAGGCGAGGCGCCAGCCAAAUCCUCUUUUCUGACCUGGCGGAGGAUUUUAAUCUUGAGCGUGCAGAUGAGAGUCUAACUAUUGACACCACCCUGCUGGUUCAUUUCUUCGGGAAGAAAGGGAAGGCUGAGCUCACUUUUGAUGACUUUUAUAGGUUCAUGGAUAACCUCCAGACUGAAGUACUGGAGAUUGAAUUUCUGACCUACUCUAAAGGAAUGGCCACCAUCAGUGAAGAGGACUUUGCCAAGAUUCUUUUGCGUUUCACCAAUGUGGAGAAUAUUGGUGCCUACCUGGAAAAUGUUCGACAAAGCAUCCCGGAUGAAAAGGGAAUCACUUUUGAUGAGUUCCGCUGCUUCUUCCAAUUUCUCAACAACCUAGAAGACUUUGCCAUUGCCAUGCAGAUGUACAAUUUUGCUUCUCGCUCCAUCGGGCAAGAUGAGUUUGCGAGAGCAGUAUAUGUGGCCACAGGUCUCAAGCUGACACGCCACUUGGUCAACACUAUCUUCAAGAUCUUUGACGUGGAUCACGAUGACCAGCUCUCUUAUAAGGAGUUCAUUGGCAUCAUGAAGGACAGGCUGCACCGAGGCGCCAGGGGAUAUAAAGCAAUGGAGCGCGCCAUCUCCUUUCGAUCCUGUUUGAAAAGAGAGCUGGCAAGCAGGUGAAUGCCCCAUGCUGCAACUCCUUCCCCCACUGGGUUAUCUCUGAAGCCAAGAGACAAAUAGACUGGUCCUGAAUGGGAGACAUUAUAGAGUUACUGAGUGUAGGAGCAAUGCUGGAGAACUGGUCACAUACACACCAUUUUUACUUCAAAUCUACAGAUGAAAUAUACUGAAAGUUUUGGAAAGGUUCGAAGAAAUAACUUCACGUGAAAAAAGUUCAGGGCUGAUGGUCAUCUGGUUAGCACCUCACCGUACUGAGGUUUUGAUUCCAGGCUCUGGCCUUCCUGUGUGGAGUUUGCAUGUUCUCCCCGUGCCUGCAUGGGUUUUCCCCGGGUACUCCCACAUUCUAAAAACAUUCAUGGUAGGUUGAUUGAACACUCUAAAUUGUCCCUAGGUGUGAUUGUGAGUGCAAACAGCUGUCCGUCUAUGUGUGCCCUGCAAUUGGCUGGCAACCAGUUCAGGGUGUACUCCAUCGAUUGCCAGAAGGCGGCUGGGCUAGGCUGCAGCAUGCCCGCGAGUAUAAACGGAUUAGAAAAUGGAUGGAUGGAUGGAGGGAUUGCUAGAAAUAGCUCAUGUACCUGCAGUACAACCUAUACACAUCGAAAUAACACAGUAGUCAUAUAGUCCAUACAUAUUGAAGUUGUUACGUUUGUAUUUACGAAUAUAUUUGCAUGAGGGGUUUCCUCCGAGUACUCCAGUUUCCUCCCACAUUACAAAAACAUGUACUGCAUGGUUAAUGGAACACACUAAAUUGUCCUUAGGUGUCAGUGUGAAUGUGGAUGGUUGUUCAUCUAUGUGUGCCCUGCGAUUGGCUGGCAACCAGUUCGGGGUGUAUCCCGCCGACUGCCCGAAGACAGCUGGGAUAGACUUCAGUAUGCCCGCCACCCUCGUGAGGAUAAGCGGAUUAGAAAAUGGAUGGAUGGAUGGAUUUCCAUGAUGGUCAUGCACACAGUUCCUCCCCUACACCUCCCAACCCUUUUAGUCCUCUCCCUAUUCAUUUUAUUACUGAUCAAUGUUUUCUUUGAGUCUUUUUAUGUACUCAGUAUGCAAGACUAAUAUGUUCACCUGAUGUUUAGUUAUGUAAUAAAAUGUCACUUGUUCAAAAUGUUA